AUGACAGAAGAUGUCCGAUUCAACUUCGCGGAUGGAGGCAUCGAUUUCUCCUUCUCGAGCCAAGGGCAGGAGCAGCUGCAGCAGCAGCAGCAACAGCGGCAGUUUCAGUCUCAGCUGCUGCGGCCAGCACAACAUGCAGAGGCUCGCAGGAAGCGUAGGCUGGGGGCUGGAGCAGAAGCAGCAGCUGCUGCUGCUGCAGCAGCAACCUCACCUGCAGCAGCCACGCUGCAGCAGUAUCAGAAGAGAUUGACACAGCAAGGAAAGAAGCACGAACGCAACCUGCAGCUCCUCUUGCGGCACCAAAAACAGCAGCAGGAGGAACAAGACAACUCAGACGACGACAGCAAUUUCAGCCGCGUGGCUCGGCUCGCAAGGAGCGUCUCUGCCCGUCAACAGCAGCAGCAGCAACAGCUCGAUGCAGCAGUAGAAACCUCUGCUGCAAUAGAUAAAAAAAAGAAAAAGAAAAAGAAAAAGAAAAAAAAGGAGGCCUCGCUACCGGCUCCAACAGAAAACAGGGAAGAGCUGCCCACGACUCAUGAAGCGGCGACGACAAGCGCCGACAGCAGCAGCAGCAGCAGCAGCAGCAAUAGCAACAGUAUUAACAAUAGCAGCAGCAAGAGAAAUGUACAGUCCAGCUCUUGUUUACCAGGAGACGAAGACGCAUCUCCUCAAGCUGAGCAUUCGGAAGGGGAGAAAGAAGAGAAUGACGAGGAAGAGCAGCAGCUGCAGCAGCCAAAAAGGAAGAGACAGAGACGGCGAACGCAGCAGCAGCAGCAACAACAGCAGCAGCAGCAGCAGCAACAGGAAGACGGUAUGGGUGAGGCUGACGAUGAAGGCACGUGGGAGACUGAGCAAAACAUAGGCCAAAGCUGGGCAGCCUCCGACUCAGACGUGCAGCAGCAGCAGCAGCAACAGCAGCAGCAGCAGCAGCAGUGGGAGAAGCUACGAGGCAAGACAAAAGGGGGCCGCAGCAUUAUAAUCAAACGCGUGUUUGAUGAGGGCAGCGGCACAACUAAGCGAAAGACGAAGACAAGAAGCAGACAAAAAAAUAUUAAAAACGACAACAGACCCCACAACCUGUUGAUCUUUAUUAGAGCUGCUGUAGACUUCGCUGCUGCUGCUACUGUUAACUUCACUGCUGCUGCUACUGCUCCUACUGCUGCUGCUGCUUCUGUUUGUUUUGGUGUUCAGAAGCCGACGUACUUAUAG